UAUACCCUGUUGGGAAAUUCCCUUGGCUUGCCUUGUGCUUUUCCAUUUAAGUACAACAAAUGGCAUGAGUGCAUUAGAGAUUCCAGAGAAGGUGGCUAUCCAUGGUGUGUCACAAAAAGUCAGUAUGAGCAAGAUGAGAAACGGGGACUUUCCAGAAAUUCUGAGACUGGCUGCGAUAUUUUUUGGAAGAAGAAAUUUAACACUCAAAUUUGUUACCUAUUUAAUCUUUUUUCUGUUCUAUCUUGGAAUGAGACAUGUCAGAGACAAGGUGGAGAUUUGCUAAGCAUCACAGACAUGACAGAGCAGAAGGGCAUUGCUGAUCUAAAACAGCUAAUCACAAACACGGUUCUACUGUGGACAGCCUUAAAUCACCUGGAUGAAGCUGUUGGUUGGUUGUGGUCAGAUGGAGCACCAGUGGCACUGUGGGAUUGGGUGGCAGAUCUCACUGACAGUUCUCUUGGGCAGCAUCAUUGCAGAACAUUUAACUCAGAAGGACAGCAUGACUGGCAAAGCUCCUCUUGUGAAUCUGGAUUACCAUAUGUACGCAAGAAAUACUCAAAUGCUACCAAACAUAAAGCAUUUGAGUAUUUCACUAUUAUUUUAGAAAUUCAGUGCCAAUUUGAAUGGUCUAUAACAAGAAUUGGGGGGCUAUUUUCUAAACGUUCUGUAUCUCGCAAAAUCAAACAUUCAAAUGUCUCAAUUGAAGCACCUGAGACAGUUGGUACAAAUGUGGAUUUAGCACAUAGCGAAAGAUAUUGGAAAGUUAGAAGCUGUGAAAACAGAUACUUGUAUAUAUGUAAAAAAGCAGAGGGUGUUGCAAAUGCUGGAGAGGAAUCCUGCUGUCCAGAAGGAUGGGAAAGGUAUAGUGGAUAUUGUUACAGUACUCAUAAAUUCCAUAGAAGCUUUGGCUAUUACUGCCCAUCCUUUGCAACAAUACAAAGCAGGUUUGAACAAGGUUUUCUGAACAGCAUGAUUUCUCAACAGCAGGACUUAGUGGAAACAGGUAAUACUUAUUUCUGGAUAGCACUGCAAGAUCUGAAUAAUACUGGAGAAUACACCUGGUUUGCUGAAGAUGAAAAGCCCAGUCUUAUAUUCUAUGCAAACUGCAACAAGUAUCAGCCCAGGUAUCCUGGAGGGUGUAUUAUAAUGAGGCUGGAGAAAGCCAUUGCUGUUUGGGAGGUGGGAAACUGUACUAGCUUCGAGGCUAUGUCAUUGUGCGAGCAAGAAGCCAAGUUCAAUGGACAAAAUCAGCUUGAUUUUGAGGAACCACAUUUUAAAGAAUCAUUAAAUAUUUGUGCUGUUGGAUGAGAAUCAAAACAUAGUAUGUUCAAUUGCUACAAGGUAUUUCACAGUGAAAUAUUGAUGAAAAGAUCUUGGGAUGAAGUAGAAACAUUGUGUCAAGGUUAUAGAUCCCAUCUUGCAGGUUUUAAAAAUGCCCCGGAAGAGGAUUUUUUGAACAAACUUUUAAACUUGAUAUUUUGCAAGUAUAUUUCAUCUGCCUUUUUAGGGAACGCUUACGCUGAAGAUGCUGUGAGGAAUUAUGCUGCAUAUAAAAUUAACAGAACAAUCUUGCCGCUUCAUUGCAGCUCAGAGCAUGAAUGGAUAUGCAAAAUGCCAAAAAGUGUGAAAAUGAAGCUUCCAAAAUGGUAUAUUACUGUUCCAUUAUGGUAUUAUUAAAGAGGAGCAGAAUACAUUUUCAUUGUUGGCAUCUUGGACUGGGGCAUUUCCCAGGUUUUUUGUGGUGAUAUAGUAAUAACACACUCUGCUGCAGAACAAGCAUUUACCCAAAGCAGCAUUAAAAAGGUACUCAGUAACCCUGGUUUCAGGUUAAUGGAGAAAUGGCACCUGGUGCUGGAAAACUGUGAAAAACAGUUUGUCUGCCAGAAGGCUCAAGAUUACUCCAGAUAUGUAACAGACCCUUUAAUGAUGUAUCCAAUGCCAGAUACUUUCAAAUAUGCAAAUAGGGCCUAUGCAUUAAUCAAUGGGAAUAUGACUUGGCUCAGGGCUUUAAACACUUGCAAGGCAAAUGGGUCUGAGUUGGUCAGCAUUACAGACUACUCUGAACAAGCCUUCCUCAUUGUCAAUAUAAAUUGACUAGGAUCAUCUCACUGGAUUUGAUUGUUUACUGGGGGGGGGUGGUUCAAAAAACCUGAACUGGGUCAACUGAAAGGCAAUGCUUGCAUGGCUCUGUGAACCGCAGAUGGAGCCUGGCAAUUAUCGCUUUGCCAAGAAAGAAAAGAAUGCACAACCAUACAGAUGCUUUACAUUUCAAAAUCAGUAACACCUACCAGUGUUAGUGUAACUCUAGGACCAGGAAUACUUUCACCACCACCACAACUGAGGGGGAAAUGA